CGCAAUGGAUAAUACCAAUACUGCAAACUACCCCAAGUCCGCAACCCGUCACGGCGUCACUCACACAAUAAAAUAACAAAAAAAUCCCCAACUAUUUUCUGUUUUAGCGGGUGAACAACAAAUCUCCAACUACUCUUUGUUUACUCCGCCAUUUUACCUUCUCCCUCAAAACCUCAUACGGAGUAAUUCCUUCAUUAUUAUUUAUUUCCAAAUCCCUGUUAACAAUCAUCAUAAUUCAAUCAAGACUAAUUAUAUCAGAGUUGCUACUAAUUCUUGUAAUGCGGAAUGUUUUGAUCUCAAUUUCGUUGUAAUACAGUGUCGAUCUCCUUUCUCCUCCAGAGUUCUGGUUUAAAAUCCUCCAACAAUACCACCAUACUGUCAGUUGUGAGUUGUAUCACCACCCCUAGUCGGCGGCGCCUCUGCCAUUGUGGAUUUUCAAUUUGGGCUACUUCCAACCAUCUCUCCUCUGCCGCUCCUAUUUUCGGGUUUCUGAACCUUACGAAUACUGAAAUUACUCAACUGCACAAAAAAUGAGCCAAACUAUGAUCAAGCCUCCAAUGUCGAUGCCAAUACCAAAACAAGCAAUACCCAAGUUCCAUUACCUGAAUCGCUGUUAUCCACCACGUAACAUAAGGUGCAAAAUUGCUUCGAUGGUGGAUUCUUCAUCAGGAAUGGAGAAUGUGGACUUGUUGGAAUCAAAGGAGAAGACAGAGAUAAAAGUGGGUCCAUACCCAGGAGGAAUUGGUCCGCACACGGGAAGGGACCCAAAUGUACAGAAACCAAAAUGGCUGAGGCAGAAAGCUCCUCAGGGGAAAAAAUUUGAGGAGGUGAAGGAGUCUCUUUCUCGCUUGAAUCUCCACACUGUUUGUGAAGAAGCCCAGUGCCCCAACAUUGGAGAGUGUUGGAAUGGAGGUGGGGAUGGAAUUGCAACAGCCACGAUUAUGGUUCUUGGUGAUACAUGCACUCGCGGUUGCAGAUUUUGUGCUGUUAAAACGAGUAGAAACCCUGCACCACCUGAUCCAAUGGAACCAGAGAAUACAGCCAAUGCUGUCGUAAGUUGGGGUGUUGAUUACAUUGUUUUAACAAGUGUUGAUCGGGAUGAUUUGCCUGAUGGUGGAAGCGGCCAUUUUGCUCAAACAGUCAAAGCCAUGAAGACACUCAAGCCUGAAAUCAUGGUUGAAUGCUUAACUUCUGAUUUUAGAGGAGACUUGAAGGCUGUAGAUACUCUGGUGCACUCGGGCUUAGAUGUUUUUGCUCACAACAUUGAAACUGUCAAGCGGCUUCAGCGUAUAGUGAGAGAUCCUCGGGCAGGGUAUGAGCAGAGCAUGUCUGUACUGAAGCAUGCAAAAAAUACCAAGCGUGGGAUGAUUACAAAAACUUCUAUCAUGCUAGGGCUUGGGGAAACAGAUGAUGAAUUGAUGGAAGCCAUGACUGAUCUUCGGGCUAUUGAUGUUGAUAUUCUAACACUUGGACAGUAUUUACAGCCAACACCAUUGCACCUCACAGUAAAAGAGUAUGUUACUCCUGAAAAAUUUGCUUUCUGGAAGGAGUAUGGAGAAGCUAUAGGUUUUCGCUAUGUUGCCAGUGGACCUCUCGUACGUUCGUCAUACCGAGCUGGAGAGCUCUUUGUGCAGACUAUGGUGAAGGAAAGAACUAAAGGCACCUCAGGCUCAGAGUUAUAGCUCAUACGCUCAAGUUAGGAGUCACCCAUAUUCAGCUGGUUUUCUCAUAGAUGUUUCAAGUGUUAUUACAUCAUACGCCACUAUAAUUAGAAUUUAUUGUAUUUUUUUUAUGUAGUUAUAGUUAUUCAUUUGGUUACUUAUGUUCUUAUUUGUUGUAAUAGAUUUGUUGAAUAGUCCACUUCAAGUAAAUUAUAUGGAGGGUUAUUUCCUGUA